GAAGAGGAUUAGUCAAAUUCCUAUAUAAGUUUGUACAAACCAUAAACAUCAUAAAAUGCUAAGUUUUGCACACUCAGACCCAACGGUUUCAGUGUCUUAAAGUGAAAGAAAAAAUGAUUAUAUAGCAAGUGCUGCUUUUUCCUUUUGUCUACUUUGUAUUUUGUGAGAGUGAGAGAGAGAGAGAGUGUGUGUGUGUGUGUUUUUUUUUUCAGCGAAAAUGUCAGAAAUGAGAGGAUCGAACACGUGGCAUGAAGAGCUGGCGAGCUUGGUGGACGACACGGGGAUACGGUACGCCGGAGAGCCGAUCGGGGUUUCGUCGGCGUACGUCGUGUCCGGCGAGUCUCGGAGCCGUGCGGUGGAGCCGGAGAGCUUGAAGGAUCAGGUGAAGGGGUUCGCUAUGGCUUGGGGGGAAAUAGUGGUGGAAUUGGGAAGAGGGUGUAAGGACAUUGUUCAGCAGAGCCUUCUGAGUGAGGAUUCCUACGUUGGUCGGAAGCUUCAGAAGCCGUGCGCUAAGGUCUCCAACAGGUUGAAGUACUUGAAUGAGUUUUUGCCCGAGGAUCGCGACCCGGUUCACUCGUGGUCGGUCAUAUUCUUCGUUUUUGUUGUUGCACUUGCAGCUAUAGGUUUAAAUACCAACAAUGACAGCUUGGUCACACCAGUAAAGAUGGUGCUAAUACAUCCUCCUAGUGCUAACCGCAUACUACUUCCAGAUGGUAGACACAUGGCUUAUUGUGAGCAAGGUGUCCCAGCUGACAGAGCUAGAUUUUCCCUAAUUGCUCCACAUUCUUUUCUUUCCUCACGACUUGCAGGUAUACCGGGAGUUAAAAUGUCAUUGCUUGAAGAGUUUGGUGUUCGCUUGGUCUCAUAUGAUCUUCCUGGUUUUGGGGAGAGUGAUCCUCAUCCCAACAGAAAUCUGAACUCAUCAGCAUUCGAUAUGUUGCACCUAGCUAAUGCAGUUGGUAUUAGUGGCAAGUUCUGGGUGCUGGGUCACUCAAGUGGAUCCAUGCAUGCUUGGGCUGCUCUCAGAUACAUUCCAGAUAGAAUUGCAGGUGCGGCCAUGUUGACCCCAAUGAUUAACCCAUAUGCGCCAGGCAUGACAAAAGAAGAGAUAAAAAGAAUUUGGGAAAAGUGGGUGCCAAGAAGAAGAUUAUUGUAUUUCUUAGCUCAUAGAUUUCCGAAGUUUCUCUCCUAUUUCUAUCGCCGAAGCUUUCUUUCUGGAAAGCAUGAUCGAAUUGAUAAUAGAUUGUUUCUGUCACUAGGAAAGAAGGAUGAAAUUUUGAUUGAAGAGCCAAAAUUUGAAGAAUUUUGGCAUAGGGAUGUGGAGGAGUCAAUCCGCCAGGGAACUACAAAACCAUUCAUAGAGGAAGCUGUGCUACAGGUAUCAGAUUGGGGUUUUAGAUUAGCAGAUCUUCAGGUGCACAAAAAGUGUAAGAGAAAAGGUGUUCUUUCUUGGCUCAAGUCCUUGUACAGUGAGGCAGAGUGUGAAUUGGCAGGGUUCCUAGGCCCAAUACACAUAUGGCAGGGAAUGGAUGAUCAGGCAGUCCCACCGUCAAUGACGGACUAUAUAGGCCGGAUUUUACCAGGGGCCAUUAUGCAUAAGCUCCCAAACGAAGGCCAUUUUUCCUAUUUCUUUUUCUGUGAUGAAUGUCAUAGACGGAUAUUUUCCACUCUUUUUGGAGUCUCUAAAGGUCCAAUUGACAGGAAGGUCGAAAUGGAUCAAACUCCAUUUAAUGGAGAUACAGAAGUGGUGUCAACCGUAGCUGGUUCUACAACAGAAUGAUUAGUGAUGAUACCUUAUCACAAAAUAACUAAUAUAUUAGAUUUUACAAUAAAUUCUGGUGUAUAUACCACAGCUUGCUCCUCUGCUCAGGGAGAGCAUGAAAGAAAGAGAUUUUAGAUCUCAUCCCAUUUGACGAUAAACACUUACACGAUAUGAGGUUUAGAAAAGCACAGAGGCAGCCAUUUUACUGAAAUCCUUUUGCUUUCUGCUGUAGUGGUAUGGUUAUUAAUGAUAUCUUAUUAGCAAUAUAUAUAUUUUUUUUCCCGAAGUUCUGGUGUAAAUACCAUACCUAGCUGCACUGCUCAUGGAUCAUGAAAGAAGAGAUUUUAGUUACUUUCCCAAUUUGUAAUUUGACCAUAAGCACUUGUGAUGAGAGAUGUCGAAACGCAUGAUGGCAGCAAUUUUACUAAAAUCCUAUUGUUUUCUGCUGUAAAA